AUGUCCAUAAGUGCCUGUACCCAGGCUCAGCAGAGGGCGAGAGAUCAUUUGAAUGACCUGACAGAGCUGUGGAGAGCAGCACACCAGCCGAGUGUCCUGCAGGAUGUUGGACAGACACUCCUGGUGAGAUUCCUGACCAAGCGCUUCAUUGGAGAAUACGCAUCUAAUGCUAACUCCUUGUACCGUAAAAGGCUGUCCAUCGACGGCAGGCAGCUGAACCUGGAGAUCUUUGACCCGUGCUCACAGAGAGGGGACAGCCCACACGUCCCGGAGGAGCCGCUGGAGUGGGCCGACGCCUUCGUGGUGGUGUACGCCGUCAGCGACCACGUGACCUUUCUCAACGCCAAACACGUCCUGAACCAGAUCAAACAGGGGCACAAGGAGACAUGCAAAGGGAACGUUCCUGUCUGCCUGUUGGGGAACAAACAGGAUCUGUGCCACAGCCGGCAGGUGAGCGAGGAGGAAGGACGGUCAUUGUCCCUGGAGCACAGGUGUCUCUUCCAGGAGGUGUCUGCUGCUGAGAACUACCUAGACAUUGCCAGGCUCAUCCGCCACGUGAUGGAGCAGAUGAAGCGCCGAUCGGACUGCCAGCGCUACAGCGGGAAGAGAAGGAAGUCUGUGUGA